AUGUCCGACCUGACCGCCCGUCUGAAGGCAGUGCAAGCAGUGCAGGAGCAAGAGGUGAAGAACGACCUCGAGUACCUGACCUUGGCGGAUCUGGAGAACGAAGUGGUUUCUUUCGGAGAAGCUCACCUGGGUCAAACCUACACCCAGGCAUGGAGCGACCAAGAGUGGGUGAAGUUUAUGACCGCUCGCUACCAAAAGAGCACGAAGGCUGGGGAGGACGAUGGGGUCUACGAGACCGAGAUGUCCGAGACAUGGACUAUGAAUGCCCCGACGGAGCAGCAGGAGACCAUUCAUGCUCUCCAAGCCAGGAUGCUCAACAUGGAGGAUGCACUGCAACGAGUGAUUCACCACCUCGAGAAUGUCAAUCAGAUGAAUGCACGUGCGUUCCGAUUUGGAUAUCAGCAAGGUGACUUGGAAACAGCACAAGGUAAGCAGAGUGAGCUUCCCAGUUUAGAGAUGUUCCAACAGGGUUCAGAUAUUGCCAUGCAACCUGACACGACCGUGUCGCCGUUCCCGCCGGAAGCAGCUGACCAAUCGAUUGAGCACCAAGACCAUGCAGCGCUGCAGAUGCAGGGUGCACAUCCUGGCUUGAUCCAAGCCGCUCAGGAACUGGCAUGCCCGAUUUGCAAGUCACAGGAACCACCCAAGACUGCCCGACCAGAGUCCCAUUCCAGUGACCCUGGAGCAAUAGAUGAGGAUGAUCCCGAUCUCACAGCAGUGAACCUGAUUUGCACAGACGCUCCGGGGGCCUUGCAAGUGCGAUUGUCAGAUCUCACACCUGCAGAGAGAGCUCAAUUCGAAGUCGCCAAGGAGACCGAAGUGCAGAAUUGGAUAAAGACUGGAACAAUUUCAAAAGUACUCCGUGAUCAAAUCCCCGAUUCUCAAAUCAUGAAAUGCCGAUGGAUCCUAACAUGGAAAGAAACUGAUCCUGCACCCGAUACUCCAUCGCAAGCAAAGGGUCGAAAAGCCAAGGCCCGGGUGGUGAUCCUAGGAUUCAUGGACCCAUCGUUGGAUAGCAUUCCUAGGGAUAGCCCCACACUGGGACGAACCUCAAAAAUGGUUGCACUCCAAUUGGUUUCUUCCCAUAAAUGGUUGCUCCAAUCCUUUGAUGUAAAAGCUGCAUUCCUCCAGGGAAAACCCAAGACAAUCGGUUGA